CUUGGGAGCCACUUGAAAGGCUCCUAAAUCUUGCUACUACUACACAUUCAUUUCAUGUUUGUGUUUUUCUGAGGCACUACGUUGAGGAUAAAAUGAUGAGGAACCGGCAGCUUUUAAAUAUAUUAUCUAACGUUGGAAAAUGUAGACAAUUUUCUACGAGUAUGUUUUUAUCGGCAAAAGCUGCCAAAACUCCUGGCAUAGAUCUUCAUGAAAGAGAAUGGCAACUUGCAUUUCACCAAAAAGAGAAAGGGAAAAUUUACGAUAAAAAACCCUUUAAAUUUAGGGUGAAAGAAGGACAAAGAUAUAUUUGGUGUGCUUGUGGAAACAGUAGACAUCAGCCAAUGUGUGAUGGGACCCAUUUGAAUACUCAGCUAAAAAUCAAGCAGUAUCCGAUAGUCUUCAAAGCACCAAAGACUAUGGAUGUAUGGUUUUGUAACUGUAAACAAACAAAAAAUCCACCAUUUUGUGAUGGUAGCCACUUAGAUGAGAGGGUAAAGGCAGCAGUUAAAGACUGAUCACAAAGUAAUGUUAAAUGUGGAGUAAUUAUGAGCAACAGCUGUAUAAAUGUGUACAAACCAUGGAUUUUAGGUAUUUAUGUGGAUGGUCAUUAACUUAUUGAAAAUAAAAGGAAACAAGACAAGUAGCCUUCAAUACCUUAAAACUCUAAAAUUGUAUUUUUUUUUUUUUUAAUGAAAUGCAGAAAGAGAAAAAUCUGUUUUCUAUGUGUAAUUCAAUGUUAGAUUGAAAUAGUCAGUGGCAUAAUACAUAAUACUAUCUAUUAUAAUGUAUGAUGAUACUGUGUAGUGACAGCAUUUUUGCUUGUAAAUGUUAGAAACCUUUAUACAGGCAGUCUCCAGUUAUUGCCGUGGGUUCCAUAUGAUGGAUUGAUAAGCGAAAAUUGCUGGUAACUGAAAAUUGGCAAUUUAUGACACUUAUGGCACCAAUAACUGGUUAAUGGCACCUCUGUUAGGUAUGUAUUGGUGCCAUAACUAUUAUCGGCAUCGAUCACUGGAAAUCGGCACAUUGUGUCACCAAAAAUCACUGAUUUUUGGCACUAGACAAGCGCCAUGGAACCAGAUCGCUGAUAACUGAGUCCGCCGAUAACUGGGGACUGCCUGUGAUUAUACUGAGAAAGGGCUUCAGCAAUCCUUUGUAUGUCUUGUUUGUUUUGUGGUCUAAAUCAAAGAAAGGAUACUGCAGAAGAUUUACUAUCAAACAUUUGUGGAUAUGUCAACCAUUAACAUCUUAUAAGUGAUGCUAGCUGUCAUCACCGUUGAGUUUUUCUUUUACAAUUAUUCUUGAAUCUUUAGUAUAUAUGAGUUAAGCGCCUCAGCGGCAUAGUUGGUAUGGUAUUAGCGUUCCACCUCGGUGGUCGCAGGUUCGAUUCUCGGCCAUUCCGUUGAGGAGUGAGAAAUGUGUAUUUCUGGUGACAGAAGUUCACUUUUGACGUGGUUCGGAAGUCACGUAAAGCCGUUGGUCCUGUUGCUGAUUAACCACUGGUUCCAUGCAACGUAAAAGCACCAUACAAACAAACAAACAAACAUAUAUGAGUCACAUAAAUGGAAUAAUUUACUGUACAUGUAAUGUACCAAUUUGCCACAUAAUUGAACUACAAUAAGUAUUUUUGGCAGUAAUUUUCUUUAUGAGAAAUACUUAAAGAUCAAUGACAUAUGCAAGAUGGGGCAAUCAGUUUUUGUUACACAACAAUAAAAUGUUUGUUUAUAUUUAACAAAUAAGAAGUAUUUACUUGUGAAGUCAUAUAAAAGACUUGACUGUUCAAAUGUUUUAUUGUGGAAUUUUUCACAGGUAAAUAAUGAUGUUUGAUUUGUCAAGAUAAACAAUGUUGAUAUUACUCUGUUUGUAGAGGAAUAUUUUCUCUGUAAAUGAAUUAAUUACGAGAAUCUGUAAAUAUUUUGAAUAGAAUUAUACAAAAUAUAAAAACUUUUAUUACUACUUAUUUCAUUAAUUACAAAUGCAUUGUUAACAGUGGGUAACCUUGUGAUAAAGAUUGUUCUCUGUGAAGAUAAUUAUCCCUCGCACUCUAUUGUCCUCCUUUUAUGUUUGCAUUUGCGAAGUAGUCUGCAUCUUGGUGGGAAGAGAAGGAGAAUACCACUGGCAAAACAAUUGUUUUGUGUUCAAAAAUGAAUUAUGAAUAUUUUCUAUUUCAUGUACAUUAAUACCUCAAACAUUUGUAAGGUUAAGUUCCAGAACCCGUCACAGAUAAGGGGAAUC